UCCCCUUCCCCCCUCUUCCUUCUGUACCAAACCAUUCAAACCUCCCAGUAACAGAGCAGGGAGCUGGCAUCUCCCUCAGCCUGUGCCCCCUCACCAGUGCCGCUGCCAGCCAGGAGACCCCCAGGAUGAGGAGGCUGCACACACAGUGACUAUUGGGACACAGUGGCGGCUAUGGGAUGGAGCAGGACCAGUAUGAAGCUCGUCUUAAGGAGCUGUUCGAUAGCUUUGACUCCACGGGCACGGGGUCCCUGGGGCAGGAGGAGCUGACGGACCUCUGCCAUAUGCUACAGCUGGAGGAAGUGGCCCCCUCGCUGCAACAAGCCCUUCUUCAGGACAACCCCCUCGGCCGGAUUCACUUUGACCAGUUUAAAGAAGCCCUUAUAGAUGCCUUAUCCAGCACCCUGACCAGUAAGGAGACCUGCCCCCAACCAGAUUGCUCCCCCGAAGCCCAGCCUAAAUACAUCAAAGAUGGCAAACGGUACGGGCGCCGCUCCGUGCCGGAGCUUCAAGACUCGCUGGAAGAGUUUGAUGAAGAGACCGUAAUUGAACCUGAAGAUGAAGGGACGAGGUCCUCACAGGUCAGCUCCAGAAACUGUGAAGAGCUUUGGAAAAGUGAAGAGGGGGAAGAAUAUGAAGCGGAAGGGCAGCUUCGGUUUUGGAACCCGGACGACCUCAGCGCUUCACAGACGGUGCUGUGUCCGGACCAGGACUGGGUAGAGGAGAAGUUACAGCUGAUCUGUGAAGAUCUCGGCAUCACCCGGGACGGUCACCUGAACAGGAAGAAACUUAUUUCUGUCUGUGAACAAUAUGGAUUUCAGAACCUGGACAAAGAGGCCCUGGAGGACGCCUUACAGAACUUGGACCAAGAUGACACCAUGAGCCUCCAGGACUUUUUCUAUGAAGUCUGUAAAAAUACCAAACCCCCCACCCCAUCCUCCUCCACCCCUUAUCGACAGCUGAAGAGGCACCUCUCUCUGCAGCCUUACGAUGAGAGCGGGAGGAGGACUCUGACCCCAUCCGCCAUGACUGGGACAAUCGGCUUCCUCUUAUUUUCCAAACUUGAUGAUGGAACGGGCUAUGGAUCUGUGGAGGACAUCAUAGACUUGUGGCAUGAAGAAGGACUGGAGAACGGACCGGCCAUACUCAAGGCUCUAGAUUUUAGCUUAGAAGGGAAACUCAAUCUGAUGGAAUUGACCAUGACUCUGGAGAAUGAGCUUCUGAUCACCAAAAAUGAGAUCUACCAGGCGGCUCUGGUCAGCUUCCGCUCCGAGAUCAGGCACUUAUUGGAACGGGCUGACCAGACGAUGCGAGAAAAAGAGAAGCUGCGCAUGGAUCUGGAGAAAAAUGAAAAACUGAAAAGUCUGAUGGCAUCAGAGGUGGACGACCAUCAUGCCGCCAUUGAGCGCCGUAAUGAAUACAACCUUCGAAAGCUGGAUGAGGAGUACAAAGAAAGAACUGGGGCCCUUAAAGCAGAGCUGAGAAAAGAGCGGGAGCAGAUAUUACAACAAGCCAACCGUCAGCGAGUGGAGCUGGAGCAGGAGGUCGAUAAGUUAAAACUGGAAGAAAAUUACCUCCGGGAUCGGCUCACGUUAUCCAUAAAGGAGAACACCCGUAUGGAGAAUGAGUUGUUGGAAACAUCUGAGAAGCUGGUGGACUGCGAGGCAUUGACGGGCAAGCUGCAAAGGACUCUGGACAACAUACUACGGGAGAAGUUUGGAGACCUGGAUCCGAACUGUGUUGAGUUUUUCCGUCACGAGGAGAAGUUGAUGCAGGUUCGGAAUGAAUAUGAGAGGCAGCGCAGGGAGCUUCAGGAUCGCAUUGAUGAAUUACAGCUGGAGCUCGAAGAUUAUAGAGCGCAGGGCAUUCGAGGCUUAAGAACAUCACUGAAGACUUCAUUAUUUGAUGAAAUGGAUAAUAAAAAUGCUGUGGACUAUGACCAAGGUAUCGGAUCUGAGGAGUGUCCUCCGCUCAACAUGAGUAUCGAAGCUGAGAUGGCCAUCGAGCAGAUGAGGGAACAACACCAAAGGGAAGUGGAGCAGUUAAAGAUGGAGCUGGAAUCUAAAGUGGCCCACUAUGAAGAAAAUCUGAAGGAAGCAAAAAGCAUGUUUGAGAAAGAGCAAGAAGUCCUAAAGCAAAAGCUAAACGAUGAACUUCACAAGGCAGAAGAGCAAAUCCGGGUCUAUAAAAUGAAGCACUCCGAACUGGAAGCCGACAUGGUGAGACUCAAAGAGGAACAGCAGAGAGCGGAGUCAGAACAUUGCAACCAGCUGGACAAAAUGGAAACCGAAUUCAAUCGCCAGAAACUUCAGCUUAUGGAGCGGGAGAGCGACCUUCAAUCGCAGCUGGAGGCGGCCAAGGAGACCUACCUCAAGGAUAAGGAGGAGCUGGUCCAGAUUACAGAAGAGACAGAGAAGAAGGCUGAAAGCAAACGGAUGGAACUGGUAUCCAACUACGAGGAGAAGAGGAACGAUCUGGAGAGAAGUUUUAAUGACAAAAUAUUGAGUUUUCAGGAAAAACACGAACUGGAGAAACUGGAAUUAAGAAGGCAAAUGCUUGAUGAACAUCUCAAGGAAGUUACGGAGGAAAGGAAAAAAUUGGGAACAGACUAUAAUAGAAGAAUCUCAGAAAAAGAGUCUCAGUUCAUACAGGACUAUGAAAUAGCAGUAAAUAAGUAUGAAAAAGACUUGAUGAGUCUAAAGGAGAAGUUUGAGGUUAAACUUCAAGAUCUCAGGGACCAACACGCUGAGGAAAAAUCCCAGUGGGCUUUCGAAAAAGAAGAACUUAUUCAAGAAAGUGCAGAAUUGCAGGAAAAACUAAAAGAAGAAUUAGAAAAACUUGAAAACGAAAAACAGAAGUCUUGUUGUGAGAUUUUGCAGCAGAAAGAUCUUUUAGAGAAGACGUACAAGGAACUGGUCGAUAGGUUACAGUCCGAAAAGGCUCUAAUCCAAAAUGAGCUCGAGAAACACAAAAUGGCUGCGGAACAAGUUAAAGUCGAUCUGAAUAAAAAGAUCCUUCAACUAGAAAGCGAUUUACGCGAGGAGCUGACGGAGCGCGAUGAGCAGCAGCUUAAAGUAAAGGCCGACAUGAAAUGUCUCCAGGAUGCAUUAGAAGAUCUAGAGAAUAAGUACAAGCGCGAGACGGAAGAACUUGAGGCUAAUCUAUUAAAGUCUGAGGCUCUUUAUACAGAAUUAAGUCAAAGUAAUGCGAGAAAACGGCAAGAAAUGCUGGAGGAGAUCACAAGACUUCAAACAACUAUUGAUGAGUUGAAAGAUGAACUUGAGUCUUUAUCCAAAGUUCAGGCGGAAUACAAAUUGGUCUUGAAGGAAAACUCUGACCUUAGAAAUGUUAUGUCGCAGCUCCAGAAGAGCUUGUUGGUUCUAGAAGAGCAAAAAAGACAAAACGAGAGUUUACAAGAUGUCUAUGAGCAGACUGUAAAAGAAAAUGUAGGGUUGUUGUCUGAGAUCUCAAGGCUCCAGAAAACACUGAGUUUAGCAGAGACGGAGACCAAUGAUGCUUUGGAGGAAGAAAAGAAGCAAUAUGUCACCUCAUUGGAGGAGAAACUGAAAAACAAGGGUGAAGAGUUGUGUGAAGCACAAAGAAGUAUCCUGGUUCUUCAAGAAACCGUACAGAAGGUGGAAAACCAUCAUGUGGAUGAGAGAGACAUUCUUAAUGCCAAACUGUUGGAGUCGGAGGCCCUCUACAAGGAAAUGUGUGAUAGUAGGGAUAAAAAGAGGCAAGAAAUGCUGGUAGAGAUAACUAGACUCCAAAGUACCAUCAGUGAACUGCAGCACGAGAUCACAGCUCUAUCAAAACUCCAGACUGAAUAUACAGCCAUGAAGAAAGAGAAUGAAGACUUGAAGAAACUUGUGUCCGAUUUACAGAAUAGUUCAGUUCUCCUGGAAGAAGAAAGGGGCGUUCUUAAGAAUAUGCAAAAAGUGCAUGAGCAGACCAUCAAGGAGAACAUUGAGCUAUUGUCGGAGAUCGCUAAGCUUCAGGAGAAGACUGGUACAACCCAAAAUGUUAAUGAUGAAAUAUUGGCUGAAGCGAAUACUAAGGAGUUAGAACGUGGAGAGGUCCAACAUCUUCAGGAAACCAUAGAAAAACUAGCAAAAGCCCAUAAAUCUGAAAAAGAAGAACUCAACAUCAAACUCUUGCAGUCUGAAAAACUUAACAGAGAACUGCGUGAAAAAGAGAGCAAAGAAAUAGUUAGACUUCAAGGGAUAGUCAAGGGAUUGGAGGAGGAAAUUGCAACUUUACGGACGACGCAAGAAGAUUACAAGGUGAUAGAGGGUGAAAACAAAGAGUUGAAGCAUCUUGUGGCUCAACUUCAGAACCAUAUGGUAGUUCCUGAAGAUGAAAAGUAUGUCUUGAAGAGCCUUCAGGCUGUCCAUGAGCAAACGGUUAAAGAGAAUGUCAGACUGCUAGCGGAGAUUUCUGGACUGCAGAAGAAACUUCUGUGGCAUUACGGCAAAUCCAAUCGGAGCAACCACGAAAAUCCACUUACUGAAAUGGAGGAAAAUUCAUUGAUGGAGUCUGGAGGACAAGAUAACUCUAAAGUUCUGGAUACACUGUCUGAUAGCCAGUACAAGGAAGCUUUGGAUAAUAUGAACUUGAAACUUCAAAAUAAAAAUAAGGAGAUUGAAGACGUCACUAAGGUGUUGUGUAGGCUAGAACAGAACUACAAUGACGUGAAGACAGAGAAUGGUCAUCUGAAGACACAGACCAUGUUACUACAGGAAAGGCUAAGUGGUUUAACAUUGGAGUAUGACCAGGUGAAGAAGGCCAUCAAUCUCGAGGUGAUUCCGCUGCCAGAACUGGAGGACACUCCUAUAUCAAUUCCUGGUCUUAAACUUCUCUUGGCUGUUGCUAGAAAGGAAAAUUUGCAACUGAAGGAAAACUUGACCGUUCUGGAGCUGAAAAAUUUAGAUGCUAUUGAGAACAACAAAGUUCUGUCCUCUGAAGUUUCAUGGUUACAGAAAGAAAUACAAAACAUGGAGGAAAUGGCUGAAGCUUCACUGAAGCUUGAGCAGCUGUAUGAAGAAGCCAAGAAGGAAAACCAGGACCUGAAGUCACUUGUACAAGUGCUGCAGGAAAAAGUGUAUAAUCUCGAGAAAACACACUUGAUUGAUCUAGAAAAAUUGAAGGCAAAAUUAGGUUUAGAAUCUAAUUUUAGUUUUGACGAACAUUCUUCAUGUGACGCGACUUUCUCAGUGCGUCACCGCCAAAGUCAAAAAGAAAAUUUCUCAGUUAAACAAAAACCAUUAUGUCCUGAAGAAGUAAGUCAAAUUCCAAAUGAUAAGCCAGAAGUGUGGUCUUCCUAUGCAGCAUUAGAUCAUGCGCCAUUGGCUGGAGGUCUUCAAGAAAUGAGUCCAAGACAGAAGAACAUGAUUGUGGGCAGUGGGCAGAGGACAUCCCAGUCUAACUUGCUGAACGAGGAGCAGGAGAUCCAGAAGAGACUGGAACUGCUGAGGAUUGAGAAUAAGACCCUGAAGGAAGAGAACACUGCAUUAUUAGGCCAAAUAUCCUCUUUGAAAACAGACAAUGAAUUCCAUAACCAGAAAAACGCUGAGCUUCUUGAGACUUGUGAAGUUAUGUGGGUAAAACUUGAAUCUGUACAGAAUGAAAAACUUGAUGUGGAGAAGAAGGUUGAUGUCUUAACAAGUGAGAUAACUGAACUCCAGAGCAAAAACGAGCAGCUAGUUUCAGAAAAAGAAGAGUUAUUCUCAAAAAACUCCAAGAACCAAGAGAACAUCCGGGAUCUGAGUCGCAGGAUACAGCUUCUUCUCAAACAGAGAGACCGGAAGGACUCUGUUUUAGCUCUGGAAGAGUGGAAGGAAGAGCUUGAAGGCUACAAGACAAAGCUUUCAGAUGCACAAAAUGAGUUAUCCAAGGUCAAAAUACAGAACCAUAUUCUGGAGCAGGAGAAGACUCUUCUAAAGCAGGAGGUGGAGACAAAGCAGCGGUCGGACAGUCCGGAGGUGACGGAGCUGAGGAACGAGAUUUUGCUGCUAUCUAAGAAAAAUGAAAAAUGUAUUAAAGAAAAGGAAGCUCUUGGGGAGGAACUGAACAGAUGUGUGACCAAGUCUGCUAAAGUCGGCCUUCUGGAGAAUAAAAUAGCGAAUCUAAAGCAGGAACAGAGGACGUGGGAGCAGCAGUCACUUACCCUAAAAUCUCAGGUCGCCUCAUCUCAGGACAAGAUUCAUUCUCUGGAGGAAAACCUGCAGAAUGUCAACCUCCAGAUGUCUCGCAUUAAGUCUGAUCUCCGUGUUGCGCAGCAGGAGAAGGAGGCUUUGAAGCAAGAAGUGAUGUCAUUGCACAAACUGCUGCAGAGCGCGAAUGCCAAGAUGCAGGUUCUGGAGAUGGCGGUACACUCCUCAGGGUUACAGAACAAUCAGAAGAAACAAUACUGGGACGAUCUGGAGCAGCUCAUGGAGCAGGAGCAGCAGCUUCUCAGACAGGAGAACGAGCGUCUUCAGAGGGAGGUUCACAAUACUAAGACCGAUCUGACGCAAAGCAGGGAAAAGGUCCGGCAGCUGGAGGCCUCCAUAAUAUCACUAAAACACCAGAAGCAACAGAACCAGUCCAGCCUGGUGAAGGCCUUGGAGCAGGAGAAAUCCAGCCUGAAGAGGGAGUGCGACCAGCUCCAGAAGGAACUGCUAUCUGCAAACAGGAAGAUCAGUCAGCUCGGCGCCCUAGAGCGGGAUCUGGAAACCAUCAAGGCUGAAAAUGAAAUCUUACGAGCAAAACAGGGGAAAAGCGACGAUCAUUUCAUGGAAACGCUGCACUCUUCCUCCAGUGCCACCCAUAGCCACUCUCAGCUCCAGCAGCAAGCUUGUGCCACCAUACCACGGGAACCAUACCUGCAGCUCCAGAUGGACAGACGAAACCAACCGCAUCCGGCUACAGCAGAUAACCGCGGCUCCGACAACAGCUCUCCACAGGCCUUGCUUCCGGAGCAACGAGCGCUGCAUGCAGACUCUUACCGACGAAUUGGCCGCCUCUGAGAAUUGUCUUCUUCUAACAAGCACCUAACCUCCCCUAACACUGGCAUAAGCUGAGAAAGACCUAUUGUUGUGAGGGCACCGCGCCCAGCUGCUUGGCUGUUCCUUUCUUAUUUCUUGUUAUAACCUUUAGCAGUAUUACGAUGCGACGGCGGCCAUUUUGUGCGGCCAUCUUUGUCCGUUCACAGAGAUUCUCUCUCGAGGUCUUUGCACUUUUUUCCCCUGUCUCUCUUCUUCCCUCCAUAGUUUGAAUCUCUGUGAACGGAUGAGUCUGCGCCCUGGCGAUUAAGCCUCACGUGUCACAAAAUGGCCGCCGUCCAGAAUGUCUGGCUGUGAGGCACACUGAGAAGAACAUCACCCUGCGCCCCCAUACCCCCCCGCCCCCUCCAAAAAAAAAAGAAUCACUGUAAAAUGUCAGGUUGGGAAAAAGUCUAUUCAAGCAAAAUGUCAAAAUGUUCUGUGUAACAAGGCAUUAUGGGUGUUGUGGUACCUGGGUGACCACUGGGUAAUGGCGGUCAUAUUAGCUGGCACUCAUACUAAGGGUAUAUCCAUAGGCCCUGCAUAACAAAGCCCUGUGGGCAUUUAGAAAACUGGGUGGCAUAACUGUGGGGACCAGGCCACCAUAUUGAUCCAACUUUCCGAGAAGCUGGAGACCAUCAUAGCCACCAUUUUAACUCAACUCUUAAAGGACCAUCAUGGCCACCUUAUUGACCUAACUUUCUGAGACUAUUGUGACCAUAUUGACCCAACUUUCUGUAACUGUGGGGACCAUGAUGGCUGCAUUUUAACCCAAUUUUACUAGACUGUGGAGACCAUUGUGGCCACCAUAUUGACCCAACUUUCCGAGACACUGGAGACCAUCAUGGCAAUAAUAUUGACCCAACUUUCCAAGACACUGGGGACCAUCAUGGCCACAAUAUUGACUCAACUUUCCAAAAUUCUUGGGACCAUCAUGACCGCAAUAU